UCCAGACAGACUCGAGGCACACUCGUCUCGCUGGACUUAGUUAUAAAUCUGUCGCUGGCAAUGUGGUUGAGUCGCAUCGCUGGACUGGAACCUUGAGCUGCUAGGAAUCGGAAUCCCUCGCCAAAACCUCUCCAAAUCCGGAUUUGUGUCGCUUUUCCAUCACUCGAUCGACAUGAGUUCGGCCAAACAUCUGAAGACUUUGAGUGUAGAUGAGCUCGGCGAUUUCUUUGACUCGUUUGAUUUGGUCUUCUGCGAUUGCGAUGGAGUGGUUUGGUAUCCCUUGCGUGAUUUUAUUCCCGGUUCCGCUGAGGCUUUGGCCCAUUUGAAGCUACUCGGCAAGCAGGUGACCUUUGUGACCAACAACAGCAUCAGUUCGGUGAAGGAGCACAUCGAAAAGUUCGAGAAACAGGGUAACCUCAAGAUUGACGAGCAUCAAAUCGUCCAUCCUGCACAAACUAUCUGCGAUCAUCUGAGGUCCAUUAACUUUCAGGGACUUAUCUACUGCCUGGCCACGCCCCCUUUUAAGGAACUCCUUAUGGCUGCCGGGUUUCGGCUGACAGAAGAUAGCGGUACUGGGAUCAUUAGGGGCCUCAAGGAUCUGCACGAGGCCAUCUUCUCCGGCGCCUCUGUGGAUGCGGUCAUCAUCGAUGUGGAUUUUAAUCUGUCGGCUGCCAAAUUGAUGAGAGCCCAUGUCCAGCUGCAGAAUCCCAAGUGCCUUUUUCUAGCCGGAGCUGCAGAUGCCCUUAUACCUUUCGGAAAGGGCGAGAUUAUAGGACCUGGAGCCUUUAUAGAUGUGGUGUCCCAAUCCGUUGGUCGUCAGCCCACAGCUCUGGGCAAGCCAGGUGAGGAUCUGCGCAGGCUCUUGCUGGAUCGUCACCCGGAAAUCCCGCCGAGCCGCGUGCUCUUCGUGGGUGAUAGUCUGGCCAGCGACAUAGGAUUCGCCCGCGCCAGUGGCUACCAGACGCUCCUCGUCCUCACUGGCGGCACAAAGCUGGAGGAUGUCCAGCGACUGCCGGCUGACCAUCCCCAGAUGCCCGACUAUCUGGCCGAUUGCCUGGGCCAGAUAGCACCCACCUCCGCACCCAAUAAUCCGAAAUCGAGUAAUUCUGACUCGACGCAUUUGACUUGAUAGCGCUUCGAGUGUUUGUCACACCUUGCCACGGAACUUUAAUCGUAAGAAACCAUUAGUGUUUUAGAUUUUAAUCAGCAGGUUACUAUGUGUCGGAGUAAACAACAAACUAAAUCUAAUCAAACUCAAGAUUUUGGAAAUCAUUUGAUUUUAUUUGUAUAAUGCAUCUCUACUUCAUAACCGAUCAAUAUAAAGUGUUAUACGGAAUUUGGAAUUAAAAC